AUGGAAGUGAAGUCAUCGUCGAAUUCGUUCAGUUCGAGCAGUGAUAGUGUGCCCACAGUUUUGGUCCACAGAAGGGAUUCAUUUGAUAAGAACCAAAAAGUGGUUGAAUUGCGAAACCGGUCGGAAUCGCCUCAACCGGUACUUCGGCUUAAGUUUAGCGACAAUUCGUCGGGUUAUGGAUCGUCGGCUUCGUUCUCAUCGAUACACCAUUCCAUACAAAAGACUCCUUCAAUGCAUUGUAUAACCAAUUUCUCGAAACAGUUGUCAUCGACUAAGAAGAUUGAAAAGCCUACAAAAGCUCAUAUGAUUAGAGAGAGUAUAACCAAUGUUUUGGAUCAGAUCGACAAAAGAGUGGCCUUUUUGAGAGAGACUGCGUCUGAAUUAGAGGAUGAGAAGAGAAAGUUAUAUCGAGCUCUUAAUUCAAUCAUUACAAGCGAUGAAUUAGGGUCCGUAGAGGAAGUCGAAAGGGAAGAGAUAAAAGUAGCUUCACAUGGAUUACUGCAUCGAUUGAAUAGCAUUGAUAUUAUCCUUAAGACGACGAGAAAUGAAGCGCAAGAGAAAGCAUUGGAAACUGUGAACACAUUUAUUGAUAAACUGUCCGAUUCUGUCAAUAAUGAUAAGGAAUUGGCCAAAAAGGUGUGUCAAUCAUACUUAAGC